AUGGCAUCGAAAUAUGUCCCUGCACUCGAAAAAACUCAACAACCCACAAUGGCACUUUUGUUGCACAGGCACCGAGUAAAAAUGCGAAAAUUGAAGGUUUACGUAGAAUUAAUUGUUACAUCAACCUUUUUCUCGUCUCUACAAUUUUUUGCCUUCACAACGCUUGAUAAUUUGCCUUUUCAAGCUUUCACACUCCUCUUGUUAAAACACAUAGGCAAUGUACUUCGCUGCCAGCAUUCGAAGGAAGCUGCUUCAAAAGUACAGAAUCUUCAUACUAUCAAAAAUACGAAGGGAACGAAGACGAGCCACCGUUGCCCUUGUCCGUUUAAAUCAAAACAUGAUUUGAAACUUGACACAAAACAUGAGAGGACACUGAAACAUCAUGAGAAACCUAAAUGGUUGAACUGCUUCGUGCAGGGAUGUCAGCAGAAAAGCUGCUUCAAUGAGGAAAUCAACUUGCCAAUCAGAUAUCCAAGUCCUAAGAAGCCAUGUGUACCGGAACAUGUUCGUCCCCAUCCACCUCCGAAUUGGAACCGCAGACCCCCGCUAUUCACACCACCUGAAAUGCUAAAUAAUCUGAAGCGAGGAAUAAGGAACCCUUUCCAAAUCACGCACAGAAGAAAAGAGAUGCAAACACGAUUGGAUAGGCUAACAGACGAGCAUCAGGCCUUUGCCUUUCCCCCAGGCACUAAACCAUUCCGUGACAAUUAUUAUUUCAUAGACCCUCCAUUGAGUCUUGUAGAAAAUUAUGACAUCAUCUGUAGGGACAUUCAUAUGCAAAAAUUCCUUGAAAGCUCCACCAGAUCAUCCCUUCUAGUCUUCAAUGGAGACAAGUACAAGUUCUUCAGAGAGCGACUCCCUAUUCCUCAAAAACGUAUAUUGAAUAUACCUGGUAAUAGCUACCAAAACAAUGCAUUGAUAGAAAUGGGUGAUCCAAUUAUGCCAGACGGUGCUCGUUAACUUAUAGGAGAGCAAUGUUAAAAUUCCGAUUGGUUUUACUCUGUACCUCGAAUUUUCAGUUCCGUUUUGUAAUCAAUUCUUUUUUUUUUUUACUAUAGCAAUAUUGUUUUUUUUUUUUUUAUAUAUAUAUAUAUAUAUAAUUAUUAUACUAAUAAGCUCUAUACCUUUAAAUCCGAGGUUAUAUUAUGAUUUUUAUUUCUAUGAAUUAGACCGUGUAUAAGCCUAUAUUUUUGUGAUGUGAAGUUGAGUAUUAUACCUCAAAUGUUUGGUAAAUUUUAUAUUCCUGUUAGAUAAUUGAAUUGCACGCCAAAUAACUGUAAUACAAUUUAUUGUUGUACAAAAAUGAUACAAAGUUUGAACAAAAUUUAUUUAUAUCAUCUAAGUCGCGUGAAGCUAUUUGGUUCAAUGCUUUAAAUCUAGUUUGAACCCAUCAUCGUGAAAAGAGACUAAAGACUAAGACAUAUCAUCAUGCUCAUUUCAGAUGCAAUUCACAUUCAGAUAAAAUUACUUGCUAUGAAAAACUGUUAUCACUUGCACAAACAUUAUAAAUUUCAACAGUGUCGCCGAAACCAUAAAUCAUUUAUAAUAAGAUUUUGUUUAAUUUUCGACAUGACUAAGUAAAAGACGGUUAAAAAUACAGACCCAUAAUUAUUCUGAUUGUACGGAGAUGUAGCUCUGUAUUAAAACAUUAUUGCACAAUAUCCCACUUUCGGAAACUUAUUAAACUAGCAGUACCACGUAAAUAAAAUUAUUAUAUAAUAUCAUACCUUUAAUAUAAAGCACAACACAUGGAAUUGAACAAUAAUUUCUAGAUAGGAAGAUGUAGAUUGGUAAAACCAAAAAUAGAAAUCAACUCUUAUUUGCUACUUAUUGAGAAUUUUAGCACACCCUAGGUCUAUCACAAUACUGUAUGGCAAUAUUUAAAGAAUACGGGCAUCUUUUUUUUUUUUAAAUUACGCUUUAGCAUUUGUUUAAAAAUUGUGAAGGAUUUCCAUGGUAUUUUUAUACGUACAAUAAAUGCAUCAUAAAAUCA